AAAAGAACCCGACAGUUCAAGCGGACUGUUACUGACUUUUCUUAUUGAAGUUUUUGGACUUAAGGGGUGGGAUAAUUUCACGUGGACACCGUUCAUCCUUCACGAUAUGACACGUGACUGGUGCCAGCCACUGUUGAAUCUCGUGCUGACCUGGUCACCAUAGCAACAUGAAGGUUAAACAACCUAAGGCGAACAACCACAAGACGGAGGUGGUGACGUCACAGGAAGAGAUGGACAGAGAGAACGAAGGGGUCCCGAUGGAGAGAGGAUGGUCGUGGGUCAUCGCUAUAAUCUCCUUCCUGGACAUGUUCGUCGUGGUGGGCUACACGCGGUCACUGUCUGUGCUCUUCGUGGACAUCGUGCAGGCCUUCCAGGAGACCAACACGGUCAUCUCUCUCAUGUUCACCGUCCACUCGCUGGCCGGAAGUAUUUCAUCUGUGAUGAUCUCGAAUAUUGUCAUGAAGAGGUUUGACGUGCGGACCAUCACCGUCUUCUGUGCUAUGAUCAACGGUGUUGCUUCGAUUCUCGUGUCGUUUGCCCCAAACAUCGUCAUCUUCCUGCUGCUCUUCAUCGUCAAAGGCGUCGCGUUCGGCGGGCUCAUCCUCUGCCCCUUGUCUAUGAUCGGUUUCUACUUCAACAAGAGGAGGGCCAUGGCGUCGUCUCUAGGGAGCGCCGGAUUCUGUGUUGCUUACAUCGCAUUCCCACCCCUCACGGAGAUUCUCAGGUAA